AUGGAUGAUAAAUACAUAUGGUUUGAAGGCAUUCCUUUUUUAAAGUUUUCCAGCAAUGCAGAAACCUUGCAAUCAGUAAAGGAUGAAUUUGUGGUGAGGGAUGAAGAUGUCAUCGCACUGACUUACCCCAAAUCAGGAUCACAUUGGAUGGUGGAAAUGAUUUGCCUCAUUUCUUCUAAAGGAGACCCCAGCUGGAUCCAGUCUGUUUUUAUCUAUGAUCGUUCCCCAUGGUUAGAGACUACAGAAAUGUAUCCAGGUAUAACUAAGCAGGAAGGUCCACGAAUCUACGCUUCCCACCUUCCGAUUCAAUUAUUUCCCAAGUCAUUUUUCAAUUCCAAGGCCAAGGUCAUUUAUGUUGUCAGAAAUCCCAGGGAUAUUGUCGUUUCUGGUUAUCACUUCUUCGGAGCGUUGAAAAUAGCCGAUACUCCAGAGGUAUUUGACCAGUAUUUGCAGUAUUUUCUCCAAGGACGUGUACCAUACGGAUCGUGGUUUGACCAUGCCUGCGGCUGGAUGUCAAUGAGAGAAAGAGAGAAUUUACUGAUCAUUUACUACGAAGAGUUGCUUAAGGACAUCAAGUCUGGGGUAGAAAAGAUCAGCCGUUUCUUGGGCAAGGAGCUAACUCCAGAAGAACUCAACUCAGUGAUCAAGCACGUGUCCUUUGAGUCCAUGAAAGACAAUAAAAUGAGCAAUUUCUCCCUAAUAUCAGAUGAUGUCAUAGACCACAGCAAAGGGAAGUUGAUGAGAAAAGGGAUCGCUGGAGACUGGAAAAAUUACUUCACAGUGGCCCAGAGUGAAGCCUUUGACAAAAUAUUCCGGGAGAAGAUGGCAGGGCUUCCGCAAGCACUUCUCCCAUGGGAAUAA